UGUCACUUGAUAAGUCAGUGAGGAAGUAGACAUUUAGAAAAGACAUUUUAUAUAAUCUUGUCUUCUUUUCCUCCCUUUCCUCGCCCUCCUUUGCUUUUCUUCGCCCUUCCUUGCUCUACCUUGCUCCUCCCAACACACACACACACACACACACACACAUACACACACGCUCACAAUGGCGAAUAUUAACAAGAAUUUGGUGCUCCUGAAACUGCUCCUCUUCACUUUCUAUGGAGCUCUGGGGUGUGUGAUGGUCUUCCUUAACAUCCACAUGAGGUUUCUAGGGAUCAGCAUGCAGGAGGUGACGUGGAUCAACUCCGCCCUGCCACUCUUCGCCCUCAUUGGUCCGCCCAUUGUGGGGAUGGUGGCGGACAAGCUGGGACACUACAGGGCUAUCACCAUCAUCUGCAUGCUUUUUGCUAUGUUCCUUCAUGUUGGCCUCCUGUUUGUGCCAUCCUGCAACUCCACCAGUGCUGAGGAUGCCACACUGUCCCUCCACUGCUUCUCUGAUAAGGCAGUGCUGGAGGUGGAGUCCUGCCUAUCCACCUGCUCCCAGCCCCUCCCACUCAUGUCCAAUGCCUUCCAAGUGGACAACUGCUGGCUGGUGUGUGAUGAGCAGCUGACCAUCAGGGAGGCAGGCAACAUGACCAGCUUUCAGGACAAGGCAGGCAAGGCAGGCAGGGAAAACAUCAGUGCACAGUUCUUCAUGUUGCUGCAGCCGACCCAUGGCACCCCAGAGUAUGUGCCCUUUGAUGGAGAGCAGCAGGUCCUAUUUAGGUUUAACGAGUCGGUGAUGCCAGAACAGGUAAGGAAUGAGAAGGAGAAGGAGGAGGAGGAGCAAGAGGAAGAAGAGGAGGAAAAGAAAGAGGAGGAUGGAUCUUGCCACUACCCUUUGCAGAAUUUUGUGUACAAGAGCAGCAGAUACACCAGCCUCUCUUGUCAGACUCAGGAGCCGCACUGCCAGAUUGUGUGUAAUAUGACGAAGCAGGGCAACGACACACAGCUGCUGGACACCUCAUCAUGCUGCCAGGUGACGCUGUGGGUGUACUUCAGUCUAAGGGCUCUGGCGGAAAUGUUCUCCUCUAUCCUGGUGUCUCUGCUGGAGGCUGUGGCGCUGACAAUGGUCCACCAGCACAAUGGAGACUACGGCAGGGAGAAGAUGUUUGGUCUCCUGGCUGUGGCCCUGUUCACACCCCUCAGUGGGUUCCUGGUGGACUCCAAAGUGGGCACGUUUGGCAUCUACAGCUAUGCCCCAGUCUUCUAUGUGUUUGGCACCCUCAUGCUCAUCACUCUGGUCACCACUUUUGCCCUCCCCAUUCAGGUCAAGAUCCAGCGUCGCAGUCUGCUGAAGAAUAUGGCCCAACUGGUGCGAACGGCCGAGCUGAGUGUGCUGCUUCUCAUCAUGACAAUCCUGGGCACUUUCUGGGGCUACCUCAUCACCUUUGUCUACCUGUACCUGGAGGACCUCAAGGCAAGCAAGCUUCUCAUCGGCCUCACCACCUCCUUCAGCAUCCUGCCGUCCGUGCCCUUCCUCUACCGCAGUGGCGUGGUGGUCAAGUACUGCGGCCACCACUACCUCAUCAUGCUGGCCUUCGUGGGGUACUGCGUGAGGUUUGCUGGCCUGUCUUACAUCACCAAUCCAUGGUGGGUGGCACUCAUUGACACCCUGGAACUCUUCACUCUCAACCUCCUCAAUGUGUCAGCAGCAACUCUUGCCUACAAGCUGGCCCCCAAGACCUUCGUGGCCACAGCUCAGGCCCUUGUCUGGGUGUCCCACUACAACAUAGGUCGGUGCAUUGGAACCUUCGUGGGCGGCCAUCUGCUGGUGAAGUACGGCCACAGGCGAGUGUUCCAGGGUGCCUCGGUGAUGGCUGCCACCUGUGCUGCUAUAUACCUCGGCCUGCACCAGCUCAUUAACUACUACAAGGCCCGCAGGAGUGCCGCCCCAAAGCCUCAGCCUGUCCGGGAGAACGGCAAUGUUCCCAAUGGCCGCUACACUCCCUUAGCUGUGGCGGAGGAUGAGAGGCUUUGAUGUCGGCCUGCACUAGACACCAACAAGCCAGCCGGGUCACCACAGCUGGUCGGGAGGAGUGUGUGCGGCGGCGCUGAGAUGAAAAAGCUCUGUGAUAUUUCAGGCUGAAGUAUAAACCAGAUGAUGAUGAUGCAUAGGGACCUUCACUGCAGGAUAUAGUCAUGUAAAUAAGACCCUUAAGCCAUUACCGUUAGUGCUUAAGACGUGUGUGUAGGAGAACAAGAGGAACACCCCAUCUUACCCAUUCCCUCUCCAGAGAACGUUAUGUCAGGUGUUAGAGGAAUUUGUCUAGGUCUUUGUGUUAUGGAUGGUGUGACUUCUCAUGUUCUGUUGAUGGAGGGGAAUGUGUAGCUUGUGGGGGGCUGCUCUGAGAGGGCUUUGUGGCCUUGAAGGGGCUGUGCUUCCUUUCUGAAGAGCUGUAUGACCUUUUGGGAGUUCAUGUGGCUGUCUGAGAGGAUACAUAGUCUUCUAAGGGGCUCUGUGGUUUAUUGAAGGGUUGUGUGGUCUUCUGAGAGGCUGUGUGGUUUUCUAAAGGAUUGUGUGGUCUUCUGAGAGGCUGUGUGGCCUUCUAAAGGACUGUGUGGUCUUCUGAGAGGUUGUUUGGUCUUCUGAGAGGCUGUUUGGUCUUCUGAGAGGCUGUGUAGUCUUCUGAGAGGCUGUGUGGUCUUCUAAAGGACUGUGUGGUCUUCUGAGAGGCUGUGUGGUCUUCUGAGAGGCUGUGUGGUCUUCUGAGAGGCUGUGUGGUCUUCUAAAGGACUGUGUGGUCUUCUGAGAGGCUGUGUGGUCUUCUAAAGGACUGUGUGGUCUUCUGAGAGGCUGUUUGGUCUUCUGAGAGGCUGUGUGGUCUUCUGAGAGGCUGUGUGGUCUUCUGAGAGGCUGUGUGGUCUUCUGAGAGGCUGUGUAGUCUUCUGAGAGGCUGUGUGGUCUUCUAAAGGACUGUGUGGUCUUCUGAGGGAGUGUAUGGCUGUGUGAGAGGCUGUUUAACUUUCCAAGGGUCUACAUGGUCAUGUGAGUCACACUUGGGGGAAGAACCUGGUGCUAUGAGUGUGGUGGUCCCUCUGCCAAGCACAUCGUUGCCGCAGUCACUAGUAUAUGUACAAGAUUAGCAUUGACCUGAGUACUCUGCUUCACUCCAGUCAGUGCUACGUCAACCAAACCCUGAAUGUACAAUGAUGUAGCUGUACGUGUGUGUGUGUAGCAAGCAGUGACCACAGCUGGCUCCCCUCAUGUCUCAGUGUCUGUAUAUCUUGGUGCACAGCUAAGGUGAGCACUGCCAGCCUGUGUCACUCCUGCAAGGACUCAGCGGGACUCAGCAGUGUCCAGAGAGACUGAGUGGUGCUCCUUAGCCUUAGCACAGCAGUGGUAGUCAUGUGGAGGUAUGGAGACUUGCUGUGGGAGAAAUGCUGUGCUUGGAGUAGGAGGAGGAGGAGGAGGAGAAGGAGGAGGAGGUAGAAGAGGAGAGUAGUUUUGCCUCAUGUUUGUCAGUGAGGUGCAUAGAAACUCAUGUAUAUGGUGCCAAAAAUUGAAGAAAGACAUGCUGUGAGGAAGAGAAAAAUAGAGAAAAAAGUAAAAAAGUAUACUUAUAUGGUACAUGUAUAGUAUGUAUUAGAUAACAAUUUAACUCCACUUGUAUCCUUGUCAGUCUGUCUGUGUGUCUACCUAUUUGUCUGUUCAUCACCCUCAAUGAGUAAUCUUAAGACAACCCUUUAUUUACCAACCUUCCAAACACCACUACAUAUACCGUCUGCCUGUCUGUAUGUCUGUCCAUCUGUCUAUAUAUCCACUCUUUACUUAUGUAUCAACUCUGCCUGUCUGUUUAUCAUCUAUUUUCACUAAUCACCCACCUAAUCUCCACCUAUUCUCCCUAACUAUCAAUUAAUUCAUCACCUUUAGUACCCAGCCAUAAGAUAACCAUGUUUUUAUCAGUCACCCACACAACUUAACCUUCCCUGCCUGACUCCUGCCUCUGUGUUACCUCUACAUGCACACUACUACUACUCUUAAAUCAGACCUUAGAAGAAGUAUUGGUGUGCAUGGAAACUCUGUCAACUCAGCCCAUCCAAAGAAGCUGGAGUAGUGAUGAAAGUAUGUGUUACCAGUCAGUGUUACCAUCUAAGGGUGGUGAGUGUUGUGUGGUGAGCGCCCAGGAGUAUUGUAUUGUGGUGAUGUUACCUACCGUGGUGGUGAAGUGUUGUUAAGGGUACAUUUGUGUUACCAUCUGUUAUGUAACUUUGAAGUGUAUCUGUGUAUCUAUCUGUCUAUCUAUUUGUUGGUCUAUUUGUUGUGUUGUGUGUACUUAUGUAUGUAUGUAUGUAUGUAUGUGUAUGUCUUUGUUGUUGUUGUUAUUAUUGUUGUUUUGUUUGUGGUUAUUGAUUAUUUAGUCAUUCAUCUUUUUUUUUUUUUUCAAAUUGUCGAAGGUCCUCAAGUGUCUGUAGCAGUAUUGUCUCUCUUCUGUCUCUAUUAUUUAUGUCCUUUUCAUCUAUAAUUGUUGAAGGAUGUGUAGUAUUGUCUUUUUUUCCUCCUAUCUUUAUUGUAACAGUUGGAAAGUUGGAGAGAUGUUUGUUUUGGUAUGGUAUCUUUCUCUCAUCUGUCUUAUUUCUAUUUCUUGCUAUUGACAGAAUGUAAGUAGCUAUACUAUAUCUUUUUUCCUUGUUGUUUUUAUCUUAUUUUAUUUCUUGUAUUUUAAAGUAUGUAUUAGUAAUAUCAUGUCUUCCCAGUUUCUUCUUCCUCUUUUUCUCAAUGUAGUUCAGAAACUGGUAAGAAAAAUGUAUGUAGCAAAUGUUUUUUGUCCUCUCAUCCUCUUUUUUUUCUAUUGUAUAAAUGCAUAGUAUACCACAUGUUCUUAGCUAGUCUGUUAAUGAUAACUUUAACCUGUGUAAUCAAUAUUCACUGUUAUAAGAGUUUAGUGAGAAUGAAGCAAGUGGUGACACAAGGAGCACAUUCAGGAAGACACCAAUGAUGUCUUCCAAUCAGUCCUGCCACAGACCAUUCACUCCUCCUGCCAGUGCCCUUCACUCUUACCUGCAUUGUAAUGUAAAGGUAAAUCAUACGUCCAUAGAUUGAAAUUUGCCUUUAGUCCUUCCUUCUCAUUCUCCAAUACUUCAUCUUCCAAGUGACUCACAAUGAUAAUGAGAUGGUGCUUCACUGGAGUAACUCUUGGUGGCAAGUUUAUGAAACAAAACAAAAUUAAAGUGUUAAUUAGCACUUCAUAUUCAUUUUUCUGCCACUAACAUCUCAUCAGAUUAUUCUUUUAAUAUGUGAAUGUGAAUCUUGCUUGUGUUAAAAAAAGGACAAUAGAUAAAACUCUCUUCAUGAGUGUUACAUUUAGAGAGAGAGAGUAACCUUUAUUUCUUUGCUCUUCUGCAAUACUUCCUUUGUUUUCCUGAAGCAGUGCAGGGCCAGUGAGUGAGAGUGUCAGUGGUGCCACAUGUCUGCUGGAUGGCACGGCACUGUGGCGUGAACUAAGAGUCCGCUGUGCAGUCUGGGGAGUCUGAACCAAAACCCGCAGUAUUGAAGGACUAGACUGUAUUUUGACUCCUGGACUAACAGUUACAUGUAUACGAGUUCUCGUGAAUGUAUUACUCGUUCCCUGUUGUAUAAUGUACAGUGUAUACAAACCUACAUAUUUUAAUGUCAUUACUUUUUUACUAUAAGAGAAAAAACUAUUUAGAUUUGGUAUGAAUGGGAAUCUGUGUGUUAGUAAUCAGUGAAUUUUCAGCCUUAGCUAGACUCUGUUGCCUGAUUAAGAGAUGUGGUACUUCCCUGCAGCCACCACAGCCACAACCAACCACUACCACUGCAGUAAACCCUUGCUGUUGCUGUAGUGAGGCACCAUGGAGCAAGGCCAGCUUAUGUCCAAACACUGGCUCUAUCUGAUGGUUGUUAUAGUGAAGUCUUUUUAGCAAACUCAGGUCACUAAAUAAAGGCAGUCAUUCAGUAAUAUAUAUUUGUACAACUCUCACUGUAUCUUUCCUGACUUUCUGCCAUAUUUAGUGAAGACUAUUUCACUGUGUGCUGUGGCUGGGAGGCUCUGCAGAGAUGUUAUUUUUUUGCUUCUUAUAACAAUGCAGACUUUGUUACAUGCCAGGCUUGUUCAGUAGCUGAGAGCAUUCCUGACAGCCAGUAGCGGCUGUACCAGGGUGUGCUGCACAGGGCUGUACUGUAUCCUGUUACCAAACCUGCCCUGAAGUGUUGCCACUUGUUGAUGUGAUGAGUCAGGUGAAUCAGUGAUGAGUGAGUGAUGAGUGGUGAGUGUUUGUUGAGUGUUUCCCCUUGUGUGUUGAUGGUGGUGGUGGUAGGAGAGGGGAAAAGAGCAGUAGAGAUGCAGCUAGUCAGGGAGUCAGCAACAGUUUUGAGGUGGUGGUGGUGGUGGUUGUGGAGGUGGUGUGGGAGUUACACAGAUGACAUGAGAGUCUGGUGUUGAUGGAGGUGUACUGAAAAUGCUGAAGGUGAUAUGGGAAGCAUGAAUGAUUGGCAAAGUGCAAUACUAGAGAUGACAUACAUAGAUGAAUAGUAUAUACCUAUUAUGUUUCCUAUACAUAUGCUCAAAUUAAAGAAUAUUAGUGGGUGUAGUAUAUGUACGCAGAGUAAUUAUUGAAUCAGCUGUUAAUUAAGGUAAACAAUCCACCACCACUGAAGGCAAAAAGAAAUACAUUAACAUAGCAUAAUUUGCAUUAGUUAUUGAGUGGAACUAUAUAAGAGUCUAGCAUCAACCUUUUCACUGCAAUGUACAACAGAUCAUAGUAACUGAAGCUUGCCACAAAAUUUAUAUGUACAUAUGAAAAAAGAAAAAGGUUAAGACAAUAGAUUUUCCAAUUAGUACCAAUCUAGUACAUACACUCCUCAGAAAUAGCUGUGAGGUGAAAAGAAGCAUACUGUGAUGAAGUACAGAUGUGUCAAGUAACAAAAAUUAAGUAUAUGUCUUCUUUUAUCUUACUUUUCUUUCCAUACUGUCUCUUUUUCAUCAUAUAGCCUACCGAAUGGAGGGAAAAAGACAUCAGGUAACAAAACAACAGUGAGAGGAUCAGAUAGCAUUACAGUGACCAGGGUGGGGAAUCAGCAACAGAGAUUAUGUAUUUUUUGUAUUUUGUCUUUUUUUUUCAUACUGUCCUUCUUCAUCAUAUAGCUUACCAAAUGGAAGGAGGAAGACAUCAACGGUGAGAGGGUCAGAUAGCAUUAAAGUGACCAGGGUGGAGAAUCAGUUACAAAGAUUAUGUAUAUGUCUUUUUUAUCUUACUUUUCUUCCAUACUGUCUUUUCUUAUCAUAUAGCCUACCAAAUGGAAGGAAGAAGACAUCAAAAAGUGAGAGGGUUAGUUUUCUUUGUAGUCACCAGGGUGGAGGAUCAGUGACUGGUGUAGUAACCCGCCUGUCCUCCUUGGGUUGUGAUGAGUGGUGCACAUUAGUCACUGGAGGGAGCAGCAAACACUGGGGCCUUUACUGCUGCCCAACAGGUUCCCUCCGGCUCCCAGUUUGCCGAUAGAGUGGCAGGGUUCCUGAUACCAAGCGUUAGUAUAAGGGGAUGUCUUUGUGUUUUGUAGGUCUGGCAUUAUUGUUUAUUAGGCGUGUGUAGAGGAGUGAGAUGAUGUCAGUGGGUUUUGUUGGAUCUGUGAGGGGUUAGAAUGCGUAUGUGUGUGUGUGUGUGUGUGUGUGUGUUUUUUGUUUAAAUGUCCAAGAUAGCACUAUUGUUGAGUUUAGAAGGGAUUAGUGCAUUUUUGUGUUUGUGUGUGCGUUACAUAUCGAUGAUAAACGUGCAUACAUGUUCUUGUUUCCUGUCUUACUCAUUCCAAUUUUUUUUUCAAUUUUUUUUAUCAAGCAUCAUCUGUUUUGUAUAUAAAUCAUUAUGUUUUUAUGAGUUUAUCAGAUAACUUGCUUUAGGGGAUCUAUCUGUCUGUACGUUUGUCUGUCUGUUUGUCUGUGUUGUCCCCCCAAACUGUUUUCUGUAUCACAUUACAUGUAUUACAUCUUUCCUCCUGCUUAUAUUGACAGCAGUUCAUAAUGGUGUAGAUAGUUGCACUAAAGCCCCCAAGAUUACAAGCCAAUUAAUCCCAAACAUAUUCUACCAGUACAGUUGUUAGUCAGUAAGGAGACGGCGAGAGACAGACACACACUCUGUCUGUCCCGGCGCCUCAAACAUUCUUAUCUAUUAAUACUCUGAUACAUUUUCUAUGCA